AUGACCACCCGCCUUCCUCUGUCCUUGUCCACCUCUGCUCCUGGGGCUACAGCGUCACGGAAGUCAUGCAGAAACCAGUGCCGAAAGAGUCAGAAAUACAACUUCCCCACUGGCCUGGACAUCUCCAUCAGAGGAAGAACAACAAGGAGUGUCUUCACCCUUAGCACCUCCCCUGAUGCCACAGACAGACCCAGCAUCUCCACAGGCAGUACCUUGGCUUCUGAACCAUCAACAGGUCCUGGCCCCCUCAGCAUCACCAGUGAUCCAGGCGUGAAAACCACAUCUCCUUCCAGCAGCUCCAUCUCAGAGGAGAACAACACCCCUCUGUCCAUGACCGGAAGGCCUCCCAGAGGAACCUGGUCUGCAUCUGUCUCUCCAUCUGAGGCCUCUGAUUCUGGAACAGAAAACAAUUCGAUGACCGCUUCUGGCCCCUCCUCAGGUGUUGGCACUGCUGAGAGCAGAACAGGUGCAACUCAGGUCUCUCCAUCACAUCCAGAGAGGGAGCUCGGAAGCCCCCACUCCACCUCUGAGAGGCCCAGCCUCGGCACAGAUGCCCCUGAGAGCGCCGGCCUCUCCAGGACACCUGGUUCCAGCAUCCCAGCCGACGAAACAUGGGAAAGUACAGGCACAGGUCAAACCUUUACUGGACCCCAACCAACUGAGUGGACAGAGACACGUCUUAAAAUGGAAACACUGACCAGCGAGGCGAGCUUUGUGGACACCUCCCCCGACAGAUGGAUGGAUUCUGCAUCCACUGAGCCAUGGACAAGCUUCCCUGACACAACCUCACUCAGAGAACCAUCUUCAAACACACUCACCCAGGACGUCACGGCUGGCCCAACCACUGAGGAGCUUCUGCUUCCCACCGACACCUCGGUGACAGGCGGCAGCAGCACAAGCAUCACCCAGGAUACCACACCCCGACCUCUGGGAGCCACGGCUUCACCUGAAACAGCGGCCACAGAUGUGACCCUGAGCGUCAGCAGAGCCACAGUGUCCGUGUCGACAGCUGUGACCAAGGUGGCUCCUGGCUCAAGUGCUCCGGGAGGAACAAACCCACCAUCAAGCACGAUUCCUUCCAAAAUGCCUGAGACAUUCUCCACAGGGAAUCCAGAGUCUAGGGAGGGAACCAGCCAGGUGCUGACUCCAUCCAACCCCGGCCAUCACUUCUCCUCCCCUGGCACCAGCCCUGCAGGAGACUUGAUGAUGACCACCCGCCUUCCUCUGUCCUUGUCCACCUCUGCUCCUGGGGCUACAGCGUCACGGUUCACCGCAUCUUCAGACCACGAGGUCACCUCCUCCAGGGACACAGGGACCCCUGGGAGUGCGGCAAAGACAGACCCCAGCUCGUCUCUCCUUCAUUCAGGAAGUCAUGCAGAAACCAGUGCCGAAAGAGUCAGAAAUACAACUUCCCCACUGGCCUGGACAUCUCCAUCAGAGGAAGGAACAACAAGGAGUGUCUUCACCCUUAGCACCUCCCCUGAUGCCACAGACAGACCCAGCAUCUCCACAGGCAGUACCUUGGCUUCUGAACCAUCAACAGGUCCUGGCCCCCUCAGCAUCACCAGUGAUCCAGGCGUGAAAACCACAUCUCCUUCCAGCAGCUCCAUCUCAGAGGAGAACAACACCCCUCUGUCCAUGACCGGAAGGCCUCCCAGAGGAACCUGGUCUGCAUCUGUCUCUCCAUCUGAGGCCUCUGAUUCUGGAACAGAAAACAAUUCGAUGACCGCUUCUGGCCCCUCCUCAGGUGUUGGCACUGCUGAGAGCAGAACAGGUGCAACUCAGGUCUCUCCAUCACAUCCAGAGAGGGAGCUCGGAAGCCCCCACUCCACCUCUGAGAGGCCCAGCCUCGGCACAGAUGCCCCUGAGAGCGCCGGCCUCUCCAGGACACCUGGUUCCAGCAUCCCAGCCGACGAAACAUGGGAAAGUACAGGCACAGGUCAAACCUUUACUGGACCCCAACCAACUGAGUGGACAGAGACACGUCUUAAAAUGGAAACACUGACCAGCGAGGCGAGCUUUGUGGACACCUCCCCCGACAGAUGGAUGGAUUCUGCAUCCACUGAGCCAUGGACAAGCUUCCCUGACACAACCUCACUCAGAGAACCAUCUUCAAACACACUCACCCAGGACGUCACGGCUGGCCCAACCACUGAGGAGCUUCUGCUUCCCACCGACACCUCGGUGACAGGCGGCAGCAGCACAAGCAUCACCCAGGAUACCACACCCCGACCUCUGGGAGCCACGGCUUCACCUGAAACAGCGGCCACAGAUGUGACCCUGAGCGUCAGCAGAGCCACAGUGUCCGUGUCGACAGCUGUGACCAAGGUGGCUCCUGGCUCAAGUGCUCCGGGAGGAACAAACCCACCAUCAAGCACGAUUCCUUCCAAAAUGCCUGAGACAUUCUCCACAGGGAAUCCAGAGUCUAGGGAGGGAACCAGCCAGGUGCUGACUCCAUCCAACCCCGGCCAUCACUUCUCCUCCCCUGGCACCAGCCCUGCAGGAGACUUGAUGAUGACCACCCGCCUUCCUCUGUCCUUGUCCACCUCUGCUCCUGGGGCUACAGCGUCACGGUUCACCGCAUCUUCAGACCACAAGGUCACCUCCUCCAGGGACACAGGGACCCCUGGGAGUGCGGCAAAGAGAGACCUCAGCUCAGCUCUUCAUCUUUCCAGAGCAUUAAGUCAUGCGGAAUCGAGCACUGAAGGAGCCACAAGGACAACUUCCUUUCUUUCCCACUCAUCUCCACCAGGGUUAAUUACAGGGUCUGAGGAGUCUGUGGCAACCAUCACCAUGGAUCUGAGUGAGGGGGCACCUAGAAGCAGCACGCUAUUGACGGGCGACUCCAUAUCUCUGGAGACUGUCAGUCUAGGUGUGUCCACAAGAAUUCCAGAACUGACUACAGCCAUCAAACUCACAAGCUCCAACGAGCCCAGAACUGGCCCAGAGACCAGGUACCCUCUGGGAAAUUCUUGGAAGACUUCAACAGCAACUGUCCCUGUGGAAACCACAGUGGAAACAGAGACUGGUCCACAAAGCAGCCCAACUCUGAUUCCAAGGACAGCUGGAAUGAAUUUCUCCUUAUGGCUUGGCUCCACUGAAGGAACCACAGUGGACACACAUGUCUCUCUGAACGCAUCUUCCACUGGUCUUGAAGGCUCUGUGGCCAUCCCAGAUACUGUAACCACCCAAAUGGUAAUAAUGAACCCAGAAACAGAUAAAUCUGAAUUUAUAACCAAGACAAGGGUCAACACCACAGUCAUUCCUUCCACUGUCCUGAGUAAAAAGAUGAUGACAGUUGAACAGGCAAGCAACAACAGGUCUGUGGGUGAGGCUUAUUCAUCUACUAACCCAUGGUCAGAGCAGACCACUGGUAGUGAACUGACUCUUGGUGAAUCCUCUAAGGCCACAGACACAUUGCAUAUAACUUCCAAAGAACAAACCACAUUAGGCUUUCUGACCUCUGAAAACCAAGCCAAUACCAGCCUCACCAGUGCCUUAGGACGAAAACUGAGCUUUUCACCAUCUGUCGCAUUCCCCUCAGUGGGGUCUAAGAUGCCAGAGGCCAUCACAAGUGUAGGGACUAGUGAUGUUGCCUCUACUCUUGGGCAACUCUCAUGGACCUCAUCUCCUACGGGAGUGAACAUCAUGGAUGUAACCACAGUCCCCACUCCAGGUGUCACCACCACUAUCACCACCAUGGAAACCAACUCAAUCCUGACUACCAUGCUCAAGCCCAAGGGAAGUGUGAGCACCAUGGACAGCAGCCUGGCCUCUGAGACCAGCACAUCUGCCCUAGAGCAUCCUCCUUCCUGGUCAUCCACAGCUGCUUCUGCCCUAACAUCAGGCCCCUCAACUACCAUAGACAUGGCUUCAAUCUUGGAAGUCACAGGUUCUCCUAAAGCAAUUUCUACAAUGGGCACAACUUCAUCCUUAGCAGUAAGCACUGAAUCAGUCUCUGUGUCUACCCCCGAUGACCUGGUGACAGUCAUUGGAACCAGCCUAGCUAUCCCAUCCUCCUACAGUUUGGCUGAAAAGACAGAGGCCAGCACAAGUGCAAGGACAGUGAGUCUUUUGGACACAACUGCAUCUAUACCCAUCUCAACAUCUGGUGUCGAGAUGAUGAGCACCUCAGUUGCUGACAUUUUGGGCACAAGUUGGACUCCCAGUCAAGGAGAAACAGAAGCUGUAUAUGUUUCAACGCCUUCUACUGACCAUCCAAAUACAAAGAUCACCUCAAAGAGCCUCCUUUCCACUUCAAUGCUUGAUUCUCGAUCUACUCUUGCCCAGACCACUGAGACUUCCAUGUCAUCAGUUGUUAACACUACCUCAUCUUUUCAGGGGGUCACCACUCCUCCAGAACUCCCUUUGGAGAACACGAUCAGCCCAGAUACCGCACAGCUGCCAUCCUCUAUAGGGGACACUACAAGUGGGGUCUCACCUGCUACAAUGGUAAAUAAUGCUAAAGUCACUUUAUCUGGGAGGCCAGAUCUUGCCAGCCAAGACACAGAGCAAGGUUCUACCCAGCUUCCCACCACAACCUCUGCAGAUCCAGGGCAUGUGUUUAGACCAGAAGCAGCAACUCUGGAUUUAAUCCCAUACACAGUAAGAACUCCAGAUCCAGCCUCCCAGGGGAAUGGGCUAAGGACUCCUACAACAGAAGCAAGAGCUCUAUCUCAUUCCCAGAUGGGGGAAGAAGAGUCAAGCUCAAGCACACCCCUGAACACCGAGGUGAUCAAUGUCUCUUCUGUCUCAGGAGGGACCAUCAAGGAGAUUACUGACUCCCCAGGCUUAUUAAUGACCACAGAUCAACUGGGCAUAAGCUCAGAAUCUGAGACAACUUCACCUCCAAGUUGGAAAAGUAGCGCCUCUGGGAGAACAGCCAUUUCUGAAUCUUCCCCAGACAAAAAGGCAAUUCACUCAUCUACAAACAUAGUAGCUACAACAGUAUGGCCCCCAAGUUCUGAACAUAAUCUUCAUUCCACUGUCCCACCCUACUCAGAGUCAUUCAUGGACACACACCCAAUGAAUACUACCUCCAUCAUGGUGAAUACCAUUGUUUCCACAUCAACAACUACCCCACCUGAAUCCACAAGGGCUGGAACAGAGCUUGAUUACCCCUUGACCACUGAACUGAGGGAGUCAGUGUGUACCAACUCAACCACGGAGAUAAGCACUGUCCAUUCCCCAAGUUCUUUUGCUAUUACCAGAGGUUCCAGGACAGAAGUCACUACCUCAGACAGAGUUUCAAGCCCAGGUCUAACUCAGUCCAUAGGUUCAUCAGGAAUCACCAGGCCUUCUGCCUUCUCUGCCAUGACAGAGUCUUCACGAAUGACCAUCGCUACCCAAACGGCUCCUCCUAGUGCUACAACACAAAGGCCAUUUACCUUGAGCACAUCAACUGUGACCUCCUGGGAAGGAACCCACUUGGCUGUGACUCGGCAGUUUCCACAGUCAGAGACAACUACUCCCAUGAGCAAAGCUUCCGAAGAUUCAUCUUGGAUAAACUCUCCCUCUGUGGAAAAAACCGGGUCUCCCUCUUCUCAAGAAGCCAUCCUUGCCACAACUUCACCUUCUCCUGCGCUUUUUACAUUACAAGAACACAGUACCUUCUCUUCUGUUUCCAUGACCUCAGUUCUCACCUCUGGCCUGGGAAAGACCACAGACAUGUGGGACACAAGCUUGGAACCCAUGACCAGUACACCCAAAAGGGGGAAAAGCAUCUCGAAUGAGAUAUUGACCACUUUAGAAGCCACCACAGAUACACAAACAAUUCAUCCUUCAAAAAGCACUGCAGUAACCACCAUGGGGAUCACAAGUUCACCACACAAAUCACACUUCACCGUCCCAGCCAACACAGAGCCAUCCAAAGCCACAUCUCCAAGGAUGAUCUUUUCUACCAUAAGGGACACCACUGCUUCCACAUCAAUUCUAGACUCUUCUGAAUCUACAAAGAUUGAGACAGAGCCAAUAUCCUCCAUGACCCCUGGACUGAGGGAUGCCAGCCCCUAUCAAGGGAAAAUCUCAAGUACAGAUCCUUCCAAAAACACAGUAGUAACCAAGGUGGGGACCACCAACUCUGAACAUGAAUCACGUUCCUUUGUCUCAUCUGACUCAGGGCCAUCCAAAGCCAUAUUUCCAAUCAAUACUACCACCACCAUAGGGAAAACUAUGGUUUCCACAUCAAGGUCUAACUUCUCUGAGACAACAAGAAUUGAGACAAGUUCCACCUUGACCUUUAGAGUGAGGGAAACCAGGACCUCUAAGGAGAUCAGCUCAUCCCCAGAGCCAGUCACUGUCCUUCCCGAUGAGAGCACUAGUUCUGUUACUGAGGUGACAAGGACAGAGGACAUCUCGUCUAGUGGUAGACUCAGUCCAGGCCCUUCAGCUUCCACUGGGUCACCAAUAAACUCCACAGAAAAUAUCACAACACUUUUUACUUUCCUCACAAGGACAGAAUCAACAGAAAGAGCUGUGACCAUUGAAAAAGGUCCUUCUGUAGCUGUAUCACAGAGGACACCUCCCCAGGACACACCAAUCACAUCAUCCAUGGUGGGGAUCCAUGCAGCUGUGACCCAGGGACUUCUACACACAGAGAUAAUGACUUCUAUGAGCAAAGGGGCUGAAGAUGUGUCUGGGACAACCCCUUCCUUCAUGGAAGAAACAGGCUCUCCAUCUUCCCCAGCACCUAUACCUGCUAUGAUGUCACCCUCCCCUGAGCCCUCCACGUCACCAGCGAGGAACCCCUCCUCUCCUACCCCUGUGACCUCACUUCUCACCCACGGUCUGGUGAAGACCACAGACAGGUUGGGUCCAAGCUUAGAGCCUGUGACUAGUUCACCUGCAAGCAUGAUCAGCACCACCAUUGAGAUACUGUCCACUUCUGAAGCCUCCACAGGUACAGAGGCCAUUUGCUCUUCUGAAAACACAGCAGUGACCAGCGGGGCCCUCACAACUUCUGGACAAGAAAUACAUUCCUCUGCCCCAGCUGACUCAAAGCCAGAUAGUGCCAUGUCUCCAAUGGUGACUUCUUCCACCUCUAGGAACACUGCUGUUUCCACAUCAGUGUCUCACUCUUCUGAAAUUACACCAACUAAGACAGACUCAACAUCCUCUCUGACCCCUGACCUGAGGGAGACCAGCACCAUCCAGCAGAUCAGCUCAGCCACAGAGAACAUCACUGUCACUUCCAGAGUGCCCACUGAUACUACUACUGAGGUCUCUGGCACAGAACCCAUCUCCUCUGGCAGCACAUCCAUCCCUACCCUGGUUCAGUCCGUGGUGUCACCAAACAUCCCUGCAGGCACAAUCACCAGGCCCUCUACCUCCCCAGUCACCACAGAAUCUGCAGAAAUGACCAUCACCACCCAAAUGGGUCUCCCUGCAGCUGUGUCAUGGGGUACACUUACCUUGGACACAUCGACCAAAGCUUCUGCGGCAGGGACUAAUUUGGCUGUGACUCAGAGUUUUACCCACUCAGAGAUAGCCACUCUCAGGAGCAGAGGUCCUAAGGAUGCAUCUGGGACAAGCCCUUCCUCUAUGGAAGAAACAGGCUCUCCAUCUUCCCCAGCGCCUCCGCCUGCAGUGCCAUCACCCUCCCCUGAGCCCUCCAUGUCACAAGCAAGGAUCCCCUCCUCUCCUUUCCCUGUGACCUCACUUCUCACCCACGGUCUGGUGAAGACCACAGACAGGUUGGGUCCAAGCUUAGAGCCUGAGACCAGUUCACCCACAAGCGUGAUCAGCACCACCAUUGAGAUACUGUCCACUUCCGAAUUCUCCAUAGAUAUGGCAAAAAUUCUCCCUUCUGUAGACACAACAAUGACCACUGGGGGUUCCAGCAGUUCUGGACAUGAACCAAGUUCCUCGGUCCCAAUUUACGCUGAGUCAUCCAGCGCCACAUACCCCAGGGGCACAGCUUCCUCCAUGGAUGAGACCCCUCUUGCCACUUCAAUGCCUUCCUCCUUCAAGACCACAGCAUUUGAGACAAAGACAUUUUCCCACCUCAUUGCUGGACUGAGGGAGACAAGCAGAGCCCUGGCAUCCAGCUCAAGCACAUUCACAAACACACCUUCAUCUCCUCUGUCCGCACACAGUUCAGAGAGUCCUGAGACUACCUCUUCUGUGAAAUUAUCAGUCCCAGGUCAGCCUCUCUCUACACAGGGUACUGAAACUCCCACAGAAACACUCGCACGUUCUUAUGCUCCUCCCUCUGUCACAGGAUCUGCUGGCAUAACUGUCCCAGAAUCCAAUCUUUCUGUGCCAGUGUCAGAAAGUCCUCACAACCUAGGCAUGGAUAUGCUCUCUUCAAUGGAGACCCUUCUUGCUAACACACUGACACCUUCUGCAUCAGAGGCCCCAGCUUCCUUUGUCACCUCUGGAAUUCCAGGUGCCAUCUUGGCUACCUCCUUAGUUCGUGCAUCUUCUAGGACAGAGUCAGGCCCUGAGGUUACUACUGUGUCCGCCGCUGCGGAGAGCCUACCUUCUUCAGCUUCAGCACCUUCCCCCUCUUCAACCUCACCUCCCACCCAUUCUUCAACCAGCCCACACCCUCCCUGGAUUACUUCUUCCCCGGCAACUCCAAGUUCAAGUGACACCAUGAAAGCAGAGAGCAGCAGCACCACUGGAAGACCCUGGGUUACGGUCAGUACUUUGAAGACUGGGACCCAGCCAGUCCAGACAUUGCUACCAGCCGUUAUGGAUCCCAAGGUGACAGAGAGUACUGGUUUGGGAACAGUGACAAGUUCUUCUCAAGUUCCUCCACACCCAACACAGUUAGCAAGGACCAAUGACAUUGUGCAGCGCAUCACAAAGCUCCCCAAUGAAGCCGCACAUGGACACACUGCAAUCCAUGUCCCCCUGGCAUCCACUUCUGCUAGUGUUGGAGGCGUAUCAACAGGAGUGUCAGAGAGGGCAGAGACCAUUGCCACUGCUCUGAAGACCGCUUCCACAGUGACUUUGACUGCCAGAGUCUCUGUGCCCACUUUGGGAAUGCUGCCUCUCCUCAGGACAUCAGGUAAAACAGCCAGCACACGCACAACAGCAAUGAUCAUCACAACCUCAGAUGUCCCAGAGAUGAUAGCCUCCUUGGCCACCAGACCUGGUGAAGAAACCAGCACAACCGUUCCUAUGACAACUCCAUCUAUUUUCAGUAGAGGACCAGAGACUACACCCCCACCGGUCCCUAGUUCUGGGGCAAAGACCAGUACAGCUGUUUCAGCUCUGACUGUUUCCUUUGGUGAGCCAGAGACCACAGUCUCAUCAGUCAGCCAUCCUGCAGAGACCAGCCCGACUGUUUCCAGGGCAAUCUUGAAUGUUUCUCAGAGUGAAUCAGACAGCACACCCCCAACAACUACAGGUUCUAGGGAGGCCAAUUCAGCUAUUCCGACUACAACUGUCUCCUCUGAUGUACUAGGGGUGCUGACCACACUAGUUAUUAGUCCUGGGAAAGAGACCAGCUCAGCUGAUCAAACUCUGACUGUUUCCCCUGGAAAGCCAGAUACAACCGUGUCAUUGGUUACCCGUCCUGGGGCACAAGCCAGUUCAGGAGUUCCAACUCCAGCUGUCUCCCCUGGUAUAUCAGGGCUGAAAAUCUCACAGGUCACCAGUUCUGGGGCAGAGAACAGCACAUCUUUUCCAACUGGGAUUGAUUCCCCACACAAACCAGGGACAACAGCCUCGUGGGUUGGGACAGAAGCCAGUUCCAUUGUUCCAACUUUGCCCGACUCCCCUGGUGAGCCAGAUACAACAGUGUUAUGGCUCCAUUCCAAGGAGACCAGCACAUCUGUUUCCAAAAUGACUCUGAAUUUCCCCCCUAGUGAAUCAGACACCACAUCUUCAAGAGCUACUGGUCCUGGGGCAGAAGCCAGUUCAGCCACUCCAGUGAUGACAGUCUCACCUAGGAUACCCAUGAUGGUGACCUCACUGGUCAUUAGCUCUGGGACAGAAACCAGUACAGACUUUCCCACUCUGACUGAGCCCCUGAAUGAUCCAGAGUCAACAGUCUCUUUGGUCACCCAACCUGCAAAGUUCAGCCCAACUGUUUACAGGACAACCCCUGAUGUUUCCCAUGGUGAAUCAGAUGGCACACACUCAAUGGCCACCAGCCUUGGGACAGAAGCCAGUUCAGCCAUACCAACUGCACCAGUCUUCUCUGAUUUACCAGAUAUGGUGACUUCACAAGCAACCAGUUCUGACACAGAUGCCAGUGUGGCUAUUUCAACUCUGACUCUUUCUCCUGGUGAACCAGCAAACACAGUCUCCAAUUCUGGAGCACAGACCAGUUCGACCAUCCCAACUCUGACUGUCUCUCCUGGUAUAUCAGAGGUAGAAAUCCCACUGGUUACCACCUCUGGGACAGAGACCAGUGCCACUUUUCCAACUCACAGUAAUUCCCCACACAAGCCAGAGACCACAACCUCCUGGGUCACCUAUUCUGUGGAGACCAGCCCACCCAUUUCCAGAAUAACUCCCAAAUUUUCCUGGAGUGAAUCAGACACCACCAUCUCAACAACCACUAGAACUCGGGUAGAAGCAAGUUCAGCUGUCCCAGCUAUGACUGUCUCACCAGGUUUACCAGAAGCGGUGACCUCACAGGUUACCAGUUCUGGAGCAGAGGCCAGUACAACUUUUGUAACUUUGACUGGUUCUCCACAUGAACCAGAGACCACAGUCUCAUGGGUCACCCAUUCUGAGACAGAAGCCAGUUCCAUUGUUCCAGCUAUGACUGUUUCUGCUGGAAAACCAGAUACAACAGUCUCAUCAGUGACACAUCAGGCAGAGACCAGCCCAACUGUUUACAGGACAACCCCCAGUGUUUCCCAUAGUGAAUCAGCUACCACACCCUCAACAGCCACCAGUCCUGGGGCAGAAGCCAGUUCAGCCAUCCCAGCUACAACUGUUUCAAUUGGUGUACCAGUGAUGAUGACCUCACUGGUUACCAGUUCGGGGGCAGAAACCAGUACAACUUUUCCAACUGUGACUGCUUCUCCAAGUCAAAUGGAAACCACAGCUUCAUGGAUCACCCAUUCUAGAACAGAAGCCAGUUCAGCUCUUUCAACUCUGACUCUUUCCUCUGGGGAGCCAACUAUGGCCGUCUCAUUGGUGACCCAUCAUGCAGAGACCAGCCCAACUGUUCCCAGGACAGCCUCCAAUGUUUCCAAUAGGGAAUCAGAUACCACACCCUCAGUAGCCACCAGUCCUGGGGCAGAAGCUAGUUCAGCCAUCCCAGCUACCACUGUCUCACCGACUGUACAAGAAGUGAUGACCUCACAGGUUACCAGUUCUAGAGCAGAGACCAGUACAACUUUUGCAGCUUUGACUGAUUCCCGACACGAAUCAAAGACCACAGCCUCUUGGGUAACCCAUUCUGAGACAAAAGUCAGUUCAGCUGUCCCAGGUAUGACUGUAUCACAGGGUGUACCAGAGAUGAUGACCUCACUGGUUACCAGUUCUGGGGCAGAGACCAGUACAACUUUUCCAACACUGACUGAUUCUACACACAAACCAGGGACAAUGGCCUCAUUGGUCACUCAUCCUGGGACAGAAACAAGUUCAGCAAUUCCAACCAUGACUGUUUUCCCUGGGGAGCCAGAUACAACAGUCUCAUCGGUCACCCAUCCUGCAGAGACCAGCCCACCCAUUUCCAGAAUGACUCCAGAAUUUUCCCAGGGUGAAUCAGACACCACACUCUCAAUGGCCACCAGUCCUGUGGCAGAAGCCAGUUCAAGCUCACCUGGUGUACCAGAAGUGGUGACCUCAGAGGUCACAAGUUCUGGGGCAGAAACCAGUACAACUUUUCCAACUGUGACUGCUUCUCCAAGUCAAAUGGAAACCACAGCUUCAUGGAUCACCCAUUCUAGAACAGAAGUCAGUUCAGCUCUUUCAACUCUGACUCUUUCCUCUGGGGAGCCAACUAUGACAGUCUCAUUGGUGACCCAUCAUGCAGAGACCAGCCCAACUGUUACCAGGACAAGCUCCAGUGUUUCCCAUAGUGAAUCAGCUAUCACACCCUCAACAGCCACCAUUCUUGGGGCAGAAGCUAGUUCAGCCAUCCCAGCUACCACUGUCUCACCAGGUGCAGACAUGAUGACCUCACCGGCCACUAGAUCUGAGGCAGGAACCAGUACAACUUUUCCAACUGUGACUCCUUCCCCAGGUCAAAUGGAAACCACAGUGACUCAUUCUAGGACAGAAGCCAGUUCAGCUGUUUUAACUCUGACUCUUUCCUCUGGGGAACCAGCUAUGACAGUCUCAUCAGUCACUCAUCCUGCAGCGACCAGCCCAACUGUUCCCAGGACAACCUCCAGUGUUCCCCAUAGGGAAUUAAACAGCACAUCCUCAAUGGUCGCCAGUCCUGGGGCAAAAGCCAGUUCACCUGUUCCAACCCUAACUGUUUCCCCUGAUAUACCAGAUAUGGUGACCUCACAGGUCACUAUUUCUGAGUCAGAUGCUAGUGUGGCUAUUCCAACUCUGACACAGUCUCCUGUUGAGCCCAUGACCACAGCCUCAUUGGUCACUCAUCCUGUGGUGCAGACGAGUUCAGCCACUCCAACUCCAACCAUCUCCUCUCCUGUACCAGGGUUGGUGACCUCACUGGUCACCAGUUCUGGGGAAGAGACCAAUACAACUUUUCCAAUUCCAACUGAUUCUCCCCACAAACCAAAGACAACAGCCUCAUGGGUCACUUACUCCACAGAGACAAGUACCCCUGUUUCUAGAACUACAAAUUUUUCUUACAGUAAAUCAGAUAUCACACCCUUAACUACCAUUCCUGGGGCAGAAGCCAGUUCAGCCAUUCCAUCUACCACUGUCUCCCCUGCUAUAUCAGAUAUGAUGACCUCACUGGUCACCAGUUCUGAGGCAGAGACCAGUACAACUUUUAGAACUAUGACCAAUUCCAUACACAGACCAAAGCCAGCAGUCUCAUGGGUCACCCACUCUGGAACAGAAGCCAGUUCAGCUAUUCCUACUAUGACCAUUCCCCUUGGGGAGCCAGGUACAAUGGUCUCAUCAGUCACCCAUCCUGCAGAGACCAGCCCAACUCUUCCCAGGACAACCCCCAAUGUUUCCCAUCAUGAAUCCGACACCACAUUCUCCAUAACUACCAGUCUUGGGACUGAAGCCAGUUCAGCUGUCUCAGCUAUAACUGUCUCACCGGGUGCAACAGAGCUGAUGACCUCACUAGUUCCCAGUUCUGGGGCAGAGACCAGUACAACUUUUCCAACUCUGACUGGUUCACCACAUGAACCAGCAACCACAGCCUCAUGGGUCACGCAUUCUGAGACAGAAGCCAGUUCCACUGUUCCACCUGUGACUGUUUUCCCUGGAGAGCCAGAUACAACAGUCUCAUCAGUCACCCAUCCUGCAGAGACCAGCCCAACCAUUUCCAGGACACCCCCCAUUUUUUCCCAUAGCGAAUCAGAUACCACAUUCUCAGUGGCCACCAGUCUUGGGGCAGAAGUCAGUUCCACUGUUCCAGCUCCUACUGUCUUCUCUAGUGCCCCCUAUACAGUGACCUCACAGGCCCCUCGUUCCAAGACUGACACCACUAUUCUACCUCUGACUCUUUCUCCUGGCCAACCGGCGACCACAGCCUUAUGGAUCACCCCUUCCAGUGCAGAGACAAGCACACAUUUUCCUGCUUCAACUGUUUUUCCUCACUUACCAGAGACCACAGCCUCACCCUCCCUCCAACCGGGGUUGGAGACGAGUACAGCUUUUCUAACUCAGACAGUUUCUCUCAGUCCACUGGAAACAACAUCCCCUCUCUUCACCAUACCUGUAACAGAGACAACCAAAGUUGAUCUAGGUCCACCUGUUUUGUUUGAUGUUUCCACGGAAACUGCCUCACUCUCCGCUCAUCCUGGCACAGACAUCAGCACACCUAUUUCAACUUUGACUCUCUCCCAUGGUUUACCUGAGACCACAGGUUUACUGGCCACCAGUCCUGCAGCAGAGACCAGUCCAAGCAUCCCAGCUCUGACUGUUUCCCCUGGUGUUCCUGGGCCUUCUGGUGCCCCUGCCACAGCUAGUGAGUCUUAUACCCUAACUUUUUGGGGCACAGAAUCCUCACCAUCUGCAACCUCACCAUCUGCAACCUCAGUUGGACUCCCAGAAUUGUCCAAGACUGUGACAGUGAGCACUGUGACAUCAAUAGCAUCGGAGACCUCAACACCACCUAAAACCAGUCCUGGAUUAAGUACAACCACUAUCCUGGAAACCACCACUGUUGAGACCACUAAUUUGGCUGCCACGGAUUCAGGCCUCCCUGUGGCCAAGACUGCAACUGCCUUCAGUACACUGGCUGGAAGUCCUUUUGCCCUUAUCACCACGCCUGGAAUGUCUACCGUGGCUCCUGGGAGUGUGACUUCAGGAAUAACUGCAAUUCCUUUCUUGAUGCCUUUUACCAUCAACUUCACCAUCACCAACCUGAGCUACACAAAGGACAUGGGAGACUUGGACUCUGAGAUGUUCAAUGCCACUGAAAGAGACCUGCAGCACCUGCUCAGGCCUUUGUUCAGAAACAGCAGCAUUGGUUCCCUGUAUACUGGCUGUAGACUGACCUUGCUCAGGGCUGAUAAGGAAGGGACAAGCACCCAAAUGGAUGCAGUCUGCACCUACCGUCCAGAUCCCACAGGCUUCAGACUGGACAGAAAACGGCUGUACUGGGAGCUAAGCCAUCAGACCCAUGGUGUCACCCGGCUGGGCCCCUACACCCUGGAGAGGAAUAGUCUCUAUGUCAAUGGUUAUAACCAUCGGUACUGGAUCCCCACCACUAGCACUCCAGUGACCUCCACAUUCUCACCAGGAUCUCCAGCAUCUCUGACCCCCACCCCCAGCUCUACUACAGGCAAGGGCCCGGCCCUGGUGCCAUUCACCCUUAACUUCACCAUCACCAACCUGCUCUAUACCCCGGACAUGGGGCACCGAGGCUCCAUGAAGUUCAACUUCACUGAGAAGGCCCUGAAUCGCCUGCUGGAUCCUCUGUUCAAGAACACCAGUGUCGGCCCACUGUACUCCGGCUGCAGACUGACCCUGCUCAGGCCUGAGAGGGAUGGGGCAGCCACUGGAGUGGACGCCAUCUGCACCUACCACCCUGACCCCACGCAUCCUGGGUUGGACAGAGAGAAGCUGUACCAGGAGCUGAGUCAACUGACCGAUGGUGUCACCCACCUGGGCACCUACACCCUGGACAGUGAGAGCCUCUACGUCAAUGGUUUUAACCGUCAGUCCUGGACACCUACCUUCAGCAUGACUUCUACAUUCUCUCUGGAAUCUUCCACAUCUCAGCCCACCAUCCUCAGCUCCACAGGCUUGAGCCCCUCUCUGGUGCCUUUCACCCUCAACUUCACCAUCACCAGCCUGCGCUACACAGAGGACAUGGGCCCCCCAGGAUCUGAGCUAUUCAACACCAUAGAGAGGAUCUUGAAUCGCCUGCUCAAGCCCUUGUUCCAGAACAGCAGCAUUGGACUCCUCUAUUCUGGCUGCCGAUUGACCCUGCUCAGGCCUGAGAAAAACAGAAGAGCCACUGGAAUUGAUGCUGUCUGUACUUACCGUCCUAAUCCCGUGGGCCCUAAACUAGACAGAGAGAGGCUGUACUGGGAGCUGAGCCAUGAGACCCAUGGUGUCACCCAGCUGGGCUCCUUCACCCUGGACAAGGAUAGCCUCUACGUCAAUGGCUACACCCAACGGACCUCAGCCUCCACCCCCAGUGCUGCCGUGACUUCUGUGCCUUUCCCAGGGACCUCGGUGGUACCAACCCACUUCUCCAGCUCUACAGCAGCAACCCCUUUCCUGGUGCCUUUCACCCUCAACUUCACCAUCACCAACCUGUACUUCGAGGAGAACAUGCAGAGCCCAAGCUCCUGGAGAUUCAAGGCCACAGAGAAGAUCCUGCAGGGUCUGCUCAAACCCAUGUUCAAGAAAAGCAGUCUGGGAUUCCUCUAUUCAGGCUGCAAACUAGCCUCCCUCAGGCCUGAGAAGGAUGGGGCAGCCACCAGAGUGGAUGCCAUCUGCAUGCAUCGCCCAGACCCUGAAGGCCCUGGACUGGACAGAGAGCAGCUGUACUGGGAGCUGAACCAGCUGACCCAUGGCGUCACCCUGCUGGGCCCCUACACCCUGGACAGGGACAGUCUUUAUGUCAACGGUUUUACUCGUCAGAUGUCUGCACUCAUCACCAGCACUCCUGGCACCUCCACAGUAGACCGGGUAACCUCUGGGACACUGUCCUUCUCCAGCGCCACAGUUUCCAUGACCUCUACCAUCUCCCCAGCAACUUCUGCAGCCCCAGUCCAGGUCUCUACAGCUGCUGGCCCUGCCCUGGUGCCCUUCACUCUCAACUUCACCAUCACCAACCUACCCUACAUAAAGGACAUGCAGCCAGGCUCUGCGAAGUUCAACUCCACCGAGUCAGUUCUACAGCGUCUGCUCAAGCCCUUGUUCACCAACAGCAGCAUCGGUUCACUCUACGCUGGCUGCAGACUAACCACACUAAGGCCUGAAAAGGGUGGAACAGCCACUGGAGUUGAUGCCAUCUGCACCCACCAUCCUGACCCAUCAGGUCUCAGCCUGGACAGGGAGCGGCUCUACUGGGAGCUGAGCCACCAGACCCAUGGUGUCACCCGGCUUGGUUUCUACAUCCUGGACAGGAAUCAUCUCUAUGUCAAUGGUUACACCAGGCCAGUAUUGACCUCCACUCCCAGUGUUUCUAGCCCUGCACUGGUUCUGUUCACCCUUAACUUCACCAUCAACAACUUGCGCUACAUGGAAGACAUGCAGCUUCCCAGCUCUGCCAAGUUCAGCAAAAUAGAGAAGAUCCUGCAGGACCUGCUCAGACCCUUAUUCAGGAACACCAGUGUAGGUCCCCUCUACUCCAGUUGCAGAUUGACUUCACUCAGGCCUGAGAAAGAUGGAGCAGCCACCAGUGUUGAUGCCAUCUGCACCCACCUCCCUGACCCUGCAGGCCUGGGGCUGCACAGAGAGCGGCUAUACUGGGAGCUGAGCCAGCUGACCCAAGGCAUCACCCAGUUGGGUCCCUACAUCCUGGACCAGAACAGUCUCUAUGUCAAUGGUUACACCUACCAGACAUCAGAAACCACCCCCAGCGCCACUGGACCACCUCUGGUGCCUUUCACUCUCAACUUCACCAUCACCAACCUGCCCUACAUGGAAGACAUGUGGCCUCCAGGGUCCUUGAAAUUCAGCACCAUGGAGAAGUCCCUGCAGCACCUGCUUGGACCCUUGUUCAAGAACACCAGUGUGGGCCCCUUGUAUUCAGGUUGCAGACUGACCUUGCUCAGGCCUGUGAAGAAUGGAGCGGCCAUCGGCGUGGAUGCCAUCUGCACCCACCACCCUGACCCCAUGGGCUUUGGGCUGGAUAGGGAGCGACUGUACUGGGAGCUGAGCCAGCUGACACUUGGUGUUACCCAGCUGGGCUCCUAUACCCUGGACAAGGACAGUCUCUACAUCAAUGGUUACACCCAUCAGACCUCAGCCAUCACUCCCAGUGCCACCAAUCUUCACCUGGUGUCCUUCACCCUGAACUUCACCAUCACCAACAUGCACUACACUGAGGACAUGGGGCGCCCAGCUUCUUUGAAGUUCAACUCCACCGAGAGGAUAUUACAGCACCGACUCAAGGCCUUGCUCAAUAAGACUAGUGUCGGCCCCAUCUACACUGGCUGCAGGCUGGAGUCACUCAGGCGUGAAAAGAGUGGAGCAGCCACUGGAGUAGACAUUGUCUGCACCCUCCACUAUGACCCUGCAAGACCUGAGCUGGACAGAGAACAGCUGUACUGGGAGCUGAGCCAUGAGACCCAUGGCAUCACCCGGCUGGGCUCCUUCACCCUUGACCGGGACAGCCUCUAUGUCAAUGGUUACACCUAUGGAGCUGUGGCCCCCACUACCACCACUGGGGAGGUCAGCGAGGAGCCAUUCACGCUGAACUUCACCAUUGACAACCUGCGCUACUCAGCAGACAUGGGUCGUCCCGGCUCUCUCAAGUUCAACAUCACGGACACCCUCAUGCAGCACCUGCUCAGCCCGUUGUUCCAGCGGAGCAGCUUGGGUGCCCAAUAUGCAGGCUGCAAGGUCACCUCGCUAAGGUCUAUGAAGAAUGGUGCCAAGACAAGGGUGGAUAUCCUCUGCACCUACCGGCCGCCCCCCAGCAGCCCGGGGCUGCCAGCCAGACAGGUAUUCCAUGAGCUGAGCAGACAGACCCGCGGCAUCACCAGGCUGGGCCCCUAUUCUCUGGACAAGGACAGUCUCUACCUCAAUGGUUACAAUGAACGUGGUCCAGAUGAGCCUCCUACUACACCUGAGCCAACCACCACACUCCUGCCUACAUUAUCAACAUCUGUGCAACCAGAAUCCGCCACAGCUGUGGGACACAACCUGAAGACCUUCACACUCAACUUCACCAUCUCCAACCUUGUGUAUUCAGCAGACAUGAGCCAUGGCAUGGCCAUGUUCAACUCCACCGAGAGGGUCCUGCAGCGCCUGCUUGGAUCCUUGCUCCAGAAGAGCAGCCUGGGCACCUUCUACUCAAAUUGCAGACUGAUCUCCCUCAGACCUGAGCAAGAUGGUGCGGCCACUGGCGUCGGUGCCCUCUGCACCUACUACCCUGACCCCACGGGCCGCAGACUGGACAGAGAGCAGCUUUACUGGGAGCUGAGCCAGCUGACCAACGGUUUCACCCAGAUGGGCCUCUACACCCUGGUCAAGGACAGUCUUUUCGUCAGUGGCUAUGCACCCCAGACUUUAUCUCUCCAGAGCGAGUACCAACUAAAUUUCCGCAUCAUCAACUGGAACUUCAGCAAACCAGACCCCAUGUCCUCGGAGUACAUCGCCCUGCUGAGGGACAUCCAGGACAAGGUCACCAAACUCUACAGAGGCAGCCAGCUGCAAGACGUAUUCCGCUCCUGCCUGGUCACCAACUUGAUGUUGGAUUCCAUGUCAGUCACCAUCAAGGCUCUGUUCUCCUCCCGUCUGGACCCCAGCAUGGUGAAGCAAGUGUUUCUAGACAAGACCCUGAACGCCUCAUCCCACUGGCUGGGUGCCACCUACCAGUUGAUGGAUGUGCAUGUGACAGAAGUGGGGCCACCAAUUCAUCUACCAACAGACCAACCGACAAGCAAUCCCAGCUUCCAGAACUUCCAGCUGAAUUUCACUGUCACCAACCUACUGUAUUCCCAGGACAUAGCCCAGCCAGGCACCACCAGAUACCAGCAGAACAAAAGAAAUAUUGAGAAUGCGCUCAAUCAGCUCUUCCGGAACAGCAGCAUCCAGAGUUACUUUUCUGACUGUCAAGUUGUAGACUUCAGGUCUGUCCCUGACAGCAACCACACUGGGGUAGACUCGGUAUGUUACUUCUCACCUUUGGCUCGGAGACUGGACAAAGUUGCCAUCUAUGAGGAAUUCCUGCGGCUGACGAAGAAUGGUACCCAGCUUCAGAAUUUUACCCUGGACAGGAACAGUGUCCUUGUGGACGGAUAUUCUCCCAACAGAAAUGAUGUCCUGACUGAGAAUUCUGACCUCCCCUUCUGGGCCAUCAUCCUCAUCGGCUUGGCAGGACUCCUGGUGCUCAUCCUGUGCCUCAUCUGCUGUUUCCUGGUCAUUGUCUGCCUGAGAAAGAAGGAGGGAGACUAUGAAAUUCGGCAACGACGCCUGGGCUAUUACCUGCCACACCUGGACCUGAGGAAGCUGCAGUGACCACAUCUGCUUGAGACCCUUUUCCCCAGGCAGGUUCCCAUGGAGCUUGACUGGAACAGAAAUAAACCACAUUGGUCAGACAUAA